UAUUAUACAUAGGAAUGAGUGAAGCAGAAUUUCGUUUCCUCGAAGUUUUCGGUGACCCAUAUGUGAAUGAGAGACACAAACAAACAGAAAAAACAAAACACCCAUUCAUUCAUUCCACUUCUACAAUGCACAAUCACAAACUAUCAUCAAUCUCACAAUCCUUCCUUCCUUCAAUGAUUUCAUAGGACCCCACCUUCAUCACAACGCAACGCAACGGUUUUCUCACACCAGGAUUUAUAAGGUCUGGUUGGAAAUAUUAUAAAGAUUCAUCAUCAUCAUGGCGACGAAGGGGAACCCUGGAGAUAAUAGAAACAAUAAAGGUCCACUGUCAAUUUUCAUUGUAGUUGCUUUGUGUGGUUUCUUCUACAUAUUAGGUUUGUGGCAAAGGAGUGGUUUUGGAAAAGGAGAUAGCAUUGCUGUUGAGAUUACUAAACACACAGAUUGUAGUGUUCUCUCCGAUCUAAAUUACGAAACUCACCAUGAUAAUGACGCUGGAACGCCUGAUGAUGUGGAUGAGCAGGUCAAGGAAUUCAAGCCUUGCGACGAUAGCUACAUCGAUUACACGCCAUGUCAUGAUCAAGCGAGGGCAAUGACGUUUCCGCGAGAGAAUAUGAAUUAUAGAGAAAGGCAUUGUCCUCCUGAAGAAGAGAAAUUGCAUUGUCUCAUAGCCGCACCUAAAGGGUAUUCGACGCCGUUUCCUUGGCCUAAGAGUCGUGAUUAUGUGCCGUUUGCAAACGCGCCUUACAAGAGCCUGACAGUUGAGAAGGCUGUGCAGAAUUGGAUACAGUAUGAAGGGAAUGUUUUUAGGUUCCCUGGUGGAGGAACUCAGUUUCCUCAGGGUGCGGAUGCUUACAUUAAUCAACUUGCAAGUGUUAUUCCAUUGGAUAAUGGGAUGAUUAGAACUGCUUUAGAUACUGGUUGUGGGGUUGCUAGUUGGGGCGCAUACUUGUUUAAGAAAAAUGUCAUUGCAAUGUCAAUUGCACCAAGGGACUCUCAUGAAGCACAAGUUCAAUUUGCUUUGGAGAGAGGUGUUCCUGCAAUCAUUGGUGUUCUUGGUACAAUAAUGCUGCCUUUUCCUUCUGGAGCUUUUGACAUGGCACAUUGUUCUCGCUGCUUGAUUCCAUGGGGUGCAAAUGGUGGAUUGUACAUGAAGGAAGUUGACCGAGUUCUUAGACCUGGUGGUUAUUGGAUACUUUCUGGUCCUCCAAUCAACUGGAAGAACAACUUCCGAGCAUGGCAACGCCCUGAAAAUGAACUUGAGGAGGAGCAAAGGCAGAUUGAGAACACUGCUAAACUUCUUUGCUGGGAAAAGAAACACGAAAAAGGUGAAAUUGCAAUCUGGAGAAAAGCAUUAAACAUUGAUGAAUGCGGUGAGCAAAAUACCCAACCUACAAUAUGUGAAUCCUCAAAUUCCGAUGAUGUCUGGUACAAGAAGAUGGACAAUUGUGUAACUCCUGCUAAACCUAGUGGUGCAUGGAAGCCAUUCCCAGAGAGACUCAAUGUUGUUCCUACCAGAAUCACCAGUGGAUCUGUUCCUCACGUAUCCACACAGUUAUUUGAGGACGACAGCCGAUUAUGGAAGAAACAUGUGAAUGCUUACAAGCGGGUUAACAAAAUUAUUGACUCGGGGAGGUAUCGCAAUGUGAUGGACAUGAAUGCUGGUUUUGGAAGUUUUGCUGCUGCCCUGGAUUCUCCAAAAUUAUGGGUUAUGAAUGUCGUGCCUACAAUUGCUGAGAAAGCUACCCUUGGUGUUGUAUUCGAGCGUGGAUUGAUUGGAAUUUAUCAUGAUUGGUGUGAAGCCUUCUCCACAUAUCCGAGGACUUAUGACCUUAUCCAUGCAAAUGGUGUUUUCACCUUGUACAAGAACGCGUGUAAUGCGGAAGAUAUUUUAUUGGAGAUGGACCGUAUCUUACGGCCUGAAGGAGCGGUUAUAUUCCGAGAUCAGGUUGGUGUGCUGAAGCAAGUGAAAAGAAUUGCAAAAGGAAUGAGAUGGAAUACCAAAAUGGUGGAUCACGAGGAUGGUCCACUUAUUUCAGAAAAGGUCUUGUAUGCCGUCAAGCGGUACUGGGUUGCAGGUGACAACACCACAAGCACAUAGUGAUACCGGAAUGGAAGUAUUGUUCCAAGAUUUCAGCCGACAUAAUGGUUCUAAUUGUGAUUUUUAUUUGGGGUAUAAAUUGGCUAGAGUCUUAACAUCAGUGAGCAUAUAUGCUUUAUUUUGAUGAAUGUAGAGUUGUAGAUGUCUUAAUUUUUGUAGUAUAUAAAUCAUAGUCGUUAUUCAUCAAUUCUAUGAUAUGAAUCUUGAAACUCCUCAAAUCAUAGUAGAGCUUGGUUUGGGACUUAUGUUUCAAGAUUCUUUUCUGUUAA